UGUCAUUGCCGCGUAGUAUUUAACAAAGAAGAGUAAUUCAAUUGAAAUUCUAGUAACUAUAUAAUCAGACAAAUCAAGGCAGAUAUUUUCAUUACCAGUUUGUUUCGAUAAAGUAAACACCAAAGUGCUGCGAAAAUGUCAAAAAUUAUCACGUUUGCUGUUGUCGCUACUGUUCUACUAAAAUCUGCAAUAUGCCAACCGCAGGCUGACAGCGCAUCAUGUAUGCAUGGAAACUCCAAAACGAUCAAGGAUUGCUGCCAGUUUCCAUCGUUCGUGGAUCAGAGUAUUAUGAAUCGCUGUGCUACCGAAAAUCCAACGAUUGCUCCUGCUCCCGGUGUCAAAAAGACGGAAGGAUGCUGCAUCGCCCAGUGUCUGAUGACAACGCUGAACACCUUCAAGAACAAUACCAUAGAUAAAACGGCCCUCAAAAGAGCAUUGUCCACGUCCAAUAUCGGAUCGGAUCGUAACUUUGGUCCACUGAUUAACAGCACCGUGGACGAAUGUGUUAACAUUGUCAGCACUAAUCCAGCAUUCAAAGCGACGCCGGUUUCGUCGACGCCGGGCCGGGCGGCUUGUAGUUUUAUGCCGGAAGGAUUUUUCAACUGUUUCAAAUCGACACUGUUUCAGAGAUGUCCUGCCGCGGUUUGGACCGAUAGUACCGACUGUAAACAGCUGAAGCAGAAAUCAAUCUCGGGAUGUUCGUUUGUGGCUCUGAUGGGUUAGAAUGAGAUAGUGAAGAUGGUACGUGUCGAAGUAUUUCAAGAAUCAAGUUCAA